UUGCCACCUGGCAAUUUCCACCUCCCAUUAACGAAACCUCGACCGAAACAUCCCUCUCACUCUCAAACCCUUUAUAACUCUCUCACCCUCUCCCUUCCCUUCUCUCAAACACAGCCCCUCAUUAAUUGCGUUUUCUUUGUUUGGUUGUUGAGAAAAAUGGAAAGUUCAACUUUGACGGGAUUACUAAAGAAGGCUGCGGCGGAGUUCCCAAGCAGGAGAGCUUUAUCAGUUUCUGGCAAAUUCGAUUUGACACAUGCUCAAUUACAACAACUCAUCGAUCACGCCGCCUCUCUCCUCACCGCCUCCGGCAUCCAGCCCGGCGAUGUUGUCGCUCUUACUUUCCCAAACACCGUCGAGCUUGUGAUAAUGUUCUUGGCUGUAAUUCGCUGCCGAGCUACCGCGGCGCCGUUAAACCCGGCUUACACCGCUGAGGAAUUCGAGUUCUACCUUUCUGAUUCUGAAUCCAAGCUUUUAUUAGUCCCAGCCGAAGGCAUCAAGCCAGCUCAAGCUGCGGCUUCCAAACUCAAAAUCCCCCACGUGUCCGCUACUCUCUGUGACGCAAAUUCCAAAGUCACUCUCUCCUCCAGCCCCGCGUCAAAUCUUGACUCGGUCUACGAACUCGUUAAUGACUCUUCUGACGUGUCACUUUUCCUCCAUACAUCCGGUACCACCAGCCGCCCCAAGGGUGUCCCUUUGACUCAGCUCAACCUAGCUGCCUCAGUUUCGAACAUUAAAUCGGUUUAUAAACUCACUGAGUCUGACUCGACUGUAAUCGUGCUCCCGUUAUUUCACGUGCAUGGCUUGAUAGCUGGUUUACUGAGUUCACUCAUUUCCGGGGCCGCGGUGACUCUACCAGCCGCUGGGAGAUUCUCUGCGUCGACAUUUUGGACGGACAUGACUAAAUGUAAUGCCACGUGGUACACUGCUGUCCCCACGAUACACCAGAUUAUAUUGGACCGCCAUGAGAGCAGGCCGGAGCCGGAAUACCCCAAGCUGAGGUUUAUUAGGAGCUGCAGCGCAUCGUUGGCCCCGAGUAUAUUGGCUCGGCUAGAGGCGGCAUUUGGCGCACCAGUGCUUGAGGCUUACGCCAUGACUGAGGCAUCUCAUCUCAUGGCUUCAAACCCAUUACCGGAAUGUGGCCCGCAUAAGGCCGGGUCGGUUGGGAAGCCUGUUGGUCAAGAAAUGGCGAUUUUGAAUGAACAAGGGGAGGUUCAGCCGCUUAAUGCUAAGGGGGAGGUUUGUAUUAGGGGAUUGAAUGUGACAAAGGGUUAUAAGAAUAAUCCUGAGGCUAAUAAAUCAGCUUUUCUAUUUGGUUGGUUCCACACUGGCGAUGUCGGGUUUUUCGAUUCGGAUGGAUACUUACAUCUCGUGGGUCGGAUCAAGGAGCUCAUCAAUCGUGGAGGUGAGAAAAUUUCACCAAUUGAGGUAGAUGCCGUGCUACUAGGUCAUCCUGAUGUUGCACAGGCAGUCGCCUUUGGUGUCCCCGACGAGAAAUAUGGUGAAGAGAUAAAUUGUGCAGUGAUUCCAAGGGAAGGAGUAAGCUUAGAAGAGGCAGCUAUUUCACAAUAUUGCAAGAAGAAUCUUGCUAGUUUCAAGGUCCCCAAGAAGGUUUUCAUCACUGAUUCCCUGCCAAAAACUGCGACUGGCAAAAUCCAGCGGAGGAUUGUCGCAGAGCAUUUCUUGUCUCAAAUGUCUGCUGCCAAAGUUCCCAAAUUUGGAGCUUAAUUCGGCUUUGCUAAAUUUCCUUCUCCUUCAAACUUCUUUUCAAGGGUCAGGUUACUUAGGUACGGAUUUAAGUGGCUGUAGUUUUCUUUUUCCUUCCCUUAUCGGAAG